AUGGCCCCGGGUAUAAUGUGCUUCGGCAAGAAACCAGUCGACCCCGAGAGUCGCCGCAAUGAGGAGAUUGACAAGGUCAUCCGGAAUGACAAGAAGAAGCAGCAGCGCGAGGUGAAGCUGCUGCUGCUUGGUGCUGGCGAGAGUGGCAAGUCCACCGUGUUGAAGCAGAUGCGUAUCAUAAACGCAGGCGGCUUCAACAAGACCGAACGCAAGCAAUGGCGGGCCAUUAUCUUCAAUAACCUGGUCUCCGCCUUCCAGACCAUCUUCGCUGCGAUGCAGGAGCAGGAGACCGAUUUCGAGGACGAUGACAACCUGCGUUACGCCGAGCUCAUCACCGCGGAUCCCGAAAUCGGCAUCGAGGAUGGCAUGCCGCAGGAAUGUCUCGCCGCGUUCAACAGCCUGUGGGCAGACAAGGGCGUGCAGCUGGCCAUAUUGAAGGGCAACCAGUAUGCGCUGCACGACAACUUGAGCUACUUCUUUGCAGAUGUGGAAAGGCUCUUCGCGAAAGAUUAUCUACCUACAGACCAGGACAUCCUCCGCACUCGAUUACGAACGACCGGUAUCACCGAAACCAUAUUCGAGCUAGGAAACCUCACAUACCGCAUGUUCGACGUAGGUGGGCAAAGGUCUGAGCGGAAGAAGUGGAUUCACGUUUUCGACAAUGUGCAAGUCGUGCUCUUCCUCGUGGCAAUCAGCGGUUAUGACCAUGUGUUGGUGGAGGACCGGAAUGGCAACCAAAUGCACGAGGCCCUCAUGCUCUUCGAAUCGAUAUCAAAUUCGAAGUACUUUGAGAAAUCGGCUCUCAUCCUGUUCUUGAAUAAGAUCGAUCUGUUCCGAGAAAAAAUUGCGGGCGGCAUGAGCCCAAUAAACAAGGUUUUCCCAGAUUACAAUGGGAAGCCGACCGACAUCGAAGCCGGGCAGGAGUUCUUCGCCAACAAGUUUCGAAACCUGGUACGGCAACCGAAGAAGGAGGUCUACGUUCACUACACCAACGCAACGGACACCAACCUUCUGAAGAUCACCAUGCAAUCGGUGCAGGAUAUGAUUGUCCAACGCAACCUCAACGCCCUCAUCUUGUAA